GGCCACACCCCUCAUAUACUCUUCACACAACAAGCUAGCUAGAGAGCUAGAGAGAACUUAACUAGAGCUAGAGCUAGACAGUGUUUGCCAAAUGGACCCUCCUGCCCAGAAGAAGAGUAAGAUGGACACGGGGGACGACUCGUACAUACCCGUGCCGGCCCCUUCAGCUGAGAAUAGCAGUAACCUCUCACUCAUGUUCUCACUCAGAGAGGAGAAAGGGUCCCUUCUCAACGCACUCAAACCUUUCCAGAAACUUGGCAUCAACAUGAAGCACCUCGAGUCCCGUCCCUCCAAGACGAACCCAGGCUCAGAGUAUGACUUCUACGUGGACUGUGUGUGUCCCCCUGAGAUCAAAGAGGAGCUUCUCUCGUCUCUCAAAUCACAUUCUCUCUCCGUUAAUGUCCUGUCACGUGACCCGGGCAUGGACGAAGUGCCUUGGUUUCCUCGUAAGAUUUCUGACUUGGACAGAUUUGCCAAUCAGGUCCUCUCCUAUGGUGCUGACUUGGACUCUGACCAUCCAGGUUUCACUGAUGAGGUGUACAGAGCAAGGAGAAAACAGUUUGCAGACAUUGCCUACCUCUACAAACAUGGAGAGCCAAUACCUCAUGUGGAGUACACUGACAAGGAGGUCAACACCUGGCGCACCAUCUUUUGUGAGCUGAUCAAGUUGUUCCCUACUCAUGCUUGCAAGGAGCACAACCAUGUCUUCCCACUGCUACAAGAGAACUGUGGAUUCAGGGAGGACAAUAUUCCCCAACUGGAGGAGGUCUCUCAAUACCUGCAAUCAUGCACUGGGUUCAGGCUCAGACCAGUUGCAGGUCUACUAUCCUCGCGUGACUUCCUUGCUGGGCUGGCUUUCCGUGUGUUCCACUCGACCCAGUACAUCCGUCAUUUCUCCAAGCCAAACUACACCCCUGAGCCUGAUGUCUGUCAUGAGCUGCUCGGCCAUGUGCCCCUGUUCUGUGACCCAUCAUUUGCCCAGUUCUCACAAGAGAUUGGGCUGGCCUCCCUCGGAGCCCCUGAGGAAUAUGUACAACAGUUAGCCACGCUCUACUGGUUUACCAUUGAGUUUGGUCUGUGCAAGCAGAAUGGGCAGACCAAGGCAUAUGGAGCUGGUCUACUCUCCUCCUUUGGGGAGUUGGAGUACUGCCUGUCUGACAAGCCUGAUGUGCGUCCCCUCGAUCCAUUCAAAACCUCUUUUCAGAAGUACCCCAUCACAGAGAUGCAACCAGUCUACUUCUUGGCCAAUAGCUUUGAAAAUGCUAAGCAGAAGCUGAUGGAAUUUGCACAUACGAUCCCCCGGCCAUUCUCUGUGCGUUACAACCCCUACACCCAGAGUGUAGACAUCAUCAAGGACAAGAGCUCAGUGCAGAACCUGGUGAGCGAUAUCAAGUAUGAAGUGGACAUCCUACAAGACGCACUGAGGAAGCUACAGUGAUUGAAACUUUCAUUAAAAAACGUUUAGAUAUAUAUAGGCUGUUGUGUGUGUUCAUGUGUGUACUUUUUGCUAUACAGGUAA